CAAAAAAAAGCUCAAACCUGAAGAAUCUUUCACUAUCUUGGUGUAUACCAAUUACAAAGCUUACAACGCUUUGAUCGCUCAGAUAAUCCAUAACAUUCAGAAGGGAUAACCAAUUAAUAAUGUAAAUAUGUUUCAUAAGAAAACGGAAGGGGGGAUGAUUAUGAAACCUGAACAAAUAUUACUUUAAGCAACUCAAGUACAAUACAUGCGUCAUAGUAUGACCCGCUACCGUCAAUGUGAAUAGAUUCUCGCAGGUGUCCGUAACGCAAAAAAUAGAGUGCGUUGAUAGCUUUAUUCACUCAAAGGGCUAUACUAAUUGACGCCCACAAUCAUAACUCAUUCAUUGUUUUAUUUGGGCUUGAUAGUUAGAGAGGUAUAUAAAGAGAGAUGUAUCCAUCUCAGAUUAUUUAUCUAUUUCCAAACCUAAAGUCUCUUUAUAAUGAAAUUGUUCACCGCAUUGUCGUUUGUUGCUUUGGUCCUUGCUGCACCCCGUCGUGUGACGGUAGGCCGAUUAGCCAUUCGAGAUGUGAACAGUGACCCCGAUAUUCCAGACGAAUACUUUGUUGUUUUGGAUGAAAAUGCAAUCUUUUUGGUCCAAGAAUCUCCGUUCAACUUUAAAUUUUUAGAAGGAUAUGUUACAGCAGAAGUAGGCAAAGAACAGAAAUACAUGGGUAUCAAUGAGAAAAAUAAACUUGCGUUGGUCGAGAACAAAAUGGGGUUAAAGAUUGUUGGCGGAUUUUUGAAAAUGGGGGACGAAAGUGUUUUUCAGCUCUGCAGUGACAACACCCUCGCUUUAGGAAGCGACUGUGAUGUGAAGCAAAUAAUUCAGAUAAAAUUUGUUCCUGACUCUUGGUAGGAAUUAUUUUCAGUAAAUUCAGAAAGUUUUUGAUAUUGAUUUCGGCUACACCGCGUCAAAAUUAUACUUUUGAAAAUAUAAAUGCUGUCAACGGGUUAUUCCAAUGAGAAAAAACAUUGAAUAUGUAAGGUCCUUGGUGUCAGCUUGACACUAAUGAUCACUGUAAGCGCAUAUAUAGUUAUAUGCAAUUCUAU